AUGGGGGCUCCGACAGAGUUAAAAACGGACAAUGGACCGGGCUACAAGAGCCAUUGUUUCGAGGCCUGGUGCCGCACUUGGGGCAUCCGGCAUGUGUUUGGGAUCCCGCAUAAUUCCCAAGGGCAAGUAAUAGUGGAGCGCGCACAUCAGCUCCUGAAAGGGCGGCUCCGUGCCCUUAAAGAGGGGCUGUCAGCGCCCCUCAUCAUCGUUGGAGCAGUGAUAGAAGAGGCCCUUCAUGCAGCACACGCAAGGGUUAAGUCUGUGCAUACGCUUCGAGAGGAUUGCAAUGAUGACGUCAAGUUAUGGAGCGUCACGGCACGUAUCUUUGCUUGGGCCCUAACGCCUGAUGUUGCUGCAGCACAUGCCUUACGGGAAAUAGAGCGAUUGGCUUGUUCGUCAGUUAAGCAGGCAAACGCCACUACAGAGGUAUUGAGUGAGCUGCUCAUGGAUGUGGACAACAUCAGACAUGCGGUGUUACAAAAUAGAGCCGCCAUAGACUUUCUCUUAUUGGCUCAGGGCCACGGAUGUCAGGGUGUGGAAGGCAUGUAUUGCUUCAAUCUGUCUGAUCACAGCGAGUCUCUACACCAGAAGCUGGCGUGGAUGAGAGAACAUACGCAGAAGAUAACAGUUGACAAUGAUCCGUUUGGAGAUUGGCUGAAAAACCUGUUUGGCGGAUUCUGGCCGUGGAUCACCCAGAUACUUAAAGUAGUCGGUGUAGUGCUCUUAGUGUUUAUCUGCAUUGCAUUUUGCUUACCAUGCUUAAUGGGAUGUUUGCACCAGUGCUUACAAAGAAUGAUGGAACGAGCUUUUGAUCAGUGCAUGGAAUACCAUAGGCUACGCAAAUGCUUAUGA